CAUCAUGCAAUGACUUGCAAAGUGAGGCUUGCUGUCAAAACCAAUGUACUCCAUACUCUGCUGAGUGGCACUAUUGCUCCUCCACUGCUCAUGGCCUAUCCUUGGAACAUACACCUGCUGGCAUAGCAUAGUCAAAGUCUGCAGAUCUAUUGUACCCACUCACUGGAUGCACAGAACAUGCUGCUGAUGCAAUUCUGACCCAACUGUCUAUCACAUCAACCAAAUCAUGACUCAACAAGCCAUCUGACAGGUCAUGGGCAAGGUAUGCCAACUUCAGGGCUGGCAUUCUUGUUGGGUCAAGUGCUCAUUGUUUGUUUGUUGGCAUACCAAAUGAGCACCUGUGAUUUGGCCAUGUGGUACAGCGAUGACAGCAGCAGGGGUUGCCUGUUGACUGGUCAUUCUUUAUAUUGGGCACCUAGCACCAUAUACAGGACACCUGGAACAGGGGGAAGGACUGAAACAUUGCAUGCUUUACUCAAACUAUCCAGCUUAAUAUGUCGUUCAACCCCGGUGAGAAUUUAUAUGUCAACAAUGAUGAUAAGUGUGAUGGGCAACCUCCCUAUUCCUCUCAACCCCAACCCACUCUGAACCCAUUGCCUCUGCCUCUGCCUGUGCAAAUGCUGUCGACCCAAAGUGAUCUUCCCAUCUAUCCUGGUCAAUUGGGCCCUAUCUCAGUGUCAUCCCAGGUGCCACGAGUUGCCACUGAGCAUAGCAAGCUAAACAGGAAGGAGAAGGAAAAGCAAAAUGAGAAGGGAACAAAAGAUUUUGAGUACCAGUUCACUCUGAACACAAUGGAUCCCAAGAAGGAGGAUGAGACUGUAUUCUUUGUUGAUUCAAAAUCUCGACCACCUGAAGAAGUUCUUCACCAGAUUUUAAGUAGGAUGGAGGUGGACCUUGCUGCCCAUCGCAUUGGUUAUCAUCUCUCUGAUGAAAAGGAAUUGAUCUGGACACGUAUUAACAAUAUAGAGGAUUUUACCCACGUGAUUGAGGCUCAAUGCGAAAUUCAGUCCCAAGCAUACAAGACCAAAAAAUUAUGCAUUAUCAAUAAGGUUUUCAUUGCAAUCAAAAAACGGAGCACAGCCACAGCCGCCACAACUGCUUCUGUGUGUCAUGUAAUAUAUGAGGAACUUUGCAAGAAGCUCUGGUGCAAUGGAUGCUUUAAACAUUGCUAUCACCACCCUGAUGUGGAAUUCCAUCAUUUGCAUUUGGACAAGGAGGCAAUUGCUGUCUGGGCAAAGGCAAUGACUGAUGGUGUCAAGGGAGUCUCAUUCACCCAACCACCCAAUAGUCAUUUGUUUAGUGCCUUGCUUCUCAAACACCAAAAAAAUGACCAUCACACCCAGAA